GCGGAGUUCCUGGUGGGUGGUCACCAUAGUUACUUCUGGGUUCCUCGAGUGCAGUUCCCUGAAGGUGGUCUGAUUCUUGUCCUCCAGAGAGCUCUCUUCCUUAAAGGCAUUACUUCUGAAGGCUGGCCAAGAUGGGGAGCAGAUAUCCAUCCUGAUGCAGAUACUAUACAGAAAGUCAUCAUAGAUAAAGCUUAACGUAAGAUAGCUGCCCAAUAAACCUCUACCAAAGAUGAGAAGGAAUAACAUGAAGAUAAUGCUGACCUAAAUAAUGGUGCUGAAUUUCACAAAGUCGUAUUUCUUUAAGAAGGUAAAAACAUGCAGAUGUCCAGAAAUGAUUGAGAUGGAGCAGGCAGAGGCCCAGCUCUCUGAGUUAGAGCUGCUGGCCAGUAUGUUCCCUGGUGAGAAUGAACUCAUAAUGAAUGACCAGCUGGCUUUAGCAGAACUGAAAGAGUGUAUUGAAAAGGGGACAAUGGAAGGGCGAUCUUCAAAAAUAUACUUUACUAUCAAUCUGAACCUGGACAUAUCUGAGGAAGCAAUGGGGAUGUUUUCUCUGGCUUGCAUUCUUCCCUUUAAAUACCCUGCAGUACUACCUGAAAUUACUGUCAGAUCAGCAUUACUAGGUAGAUCCCAGGAGACUCAGCUCAACACAGACCUGAGCGAAUACUUACAGAACUGUAUUGGAGAUGUGUGUGUACUGAAUAUCACAGAAUGGGUUAGAGAACAUGCCUCUGGCUAUGUUAGCAGAUAUGCCCCAUCAUCCCAUGUCAGGGAAAGUACAAUCCAGCCAGUGACUCCAAUUCUUACAAGACUCUGGAUCUAUAGUCAUCACAUCUACAACAAAUGCAAAAGAAAAAAUAUUCUAGAGUGGGCAAAGGAGCUUUCCCUGUCCGGAUUUAGCAUGCCUGGGAAACCUGGUAUUAUUUGUGUGGAAGGCCCACAAAGUGCAUGUGAAGAAUUUUGGUCAAGACUCCGAAAAUUAAAUUGGAAGAGAAUUUUAAUUCGUCAUCGAGAAGACAUUCCUUUUGAUGGUUUGAAUGAUGAAAUGGAAAAACAAAGGAAAUUUUCCAUUUUUGAGGAAAAAGUGUUUGUUGUUAAUGGAGCCAGAGCAAACCACAUGGACUUUGGUCAGCUGUAUCAGUUCUUAAGUGCCAAAGGGUGUGGGGAUGUCUUCCAGAUGUUCUUCGGUGUGGAAGGACAGUGAGUGAGUUGAAGAAUGGCUGAAAAAAUUUGUCACUGAUGGUCUUUUUAUCCCCCCUCCCCCCCAAUCUUUCUUGAAAGAUAAAGUAAUUUAAUUUCAA